AUCAGAUGUUAUUUGUCGUAUGUGUUAUUUUCGGAGUGUUUCUUUGCAUAAAAGAAAAGGCACAAGCUGACUUAUCACUUUUUCAAUCAGUUUUAAAAUCAAACAUGUUUAUUGACAAGUCUCUACUUCUGAAAGAAAUAAUAAACGGAGAACCCCUGAUAUCAAUCACAGCUCCCAGAAAAUUUGGGAAAUCAACAAACUUGGACAUGAUAAGGAAGUUUUUGGAAAUUGAAGUAGACGAGAAAGGAAAUCCACUUCCAUUAGCGAGUCGUUCUAAUCAUAAACUGUUCAAGAAUAACAAUUUAAAUAUCAUUCAAGAUGAAGAGUUUUGUAAGACUAACUUAGGGGUCUACCCUGUUAUUUAUAUAGACUAUGGACCCCUGUUGCAUAUAGGGAAUAUGGAGGAUUUUGUGGGAAAAUAUACAAAAGUGAUAAGCGAAACGUUCUCACAACACGAAUACCUCUUGAAUAAUAAAACUCUGUGGUCGAACAAUAGUGAAAUCAGUUUUUUUGAAAAUCUAAUUACAGAUGAUGUGAAAAAAGAUCAAAUACCGCACAGUUUUAAAUGGUUAAGCGAGUUAAUGCGGAAACAUUUUGGAAGAACCGUUUUUGUUUUGAUGGAUGAAAGUGAUGCUGUAAUCGAAAGUCUAAUAUUUGUAGAAAACAACGAUAUAUUCGAGAUCACUAAACUUUUACGAGAAACUGAAAAUAAUUUGUUACAGUCUAAUAAUGAAGUUAGAGCAGUUUUGGUGGGAGUCAUAAGAGUUUUUAGGGGAGUCUGUGAUCCGAUCAUUUCUCACCAUCCCUUCCUCGGGAGUGAAAAAUUCGGAAGAUUCUUCGGUAUAACCCAACAAGAGCUUGACGAUUUGUUAAAAAAUCAUAUAACAGAUGAGGAGAAACUAACAGAGAUGACAAAUAAAAUAAACAAGUAUUACAGUGGUUAUUUGCUCUUUUCUAGAGGAAAAACCACAAUAUAUAAUACUUGGGCUAUCAUUCACUUCUUGGAAACCAACACUCACGCUACUGACUAUUUAUGUAGAUCAGAGUAUUUGCUUAAUUAUAGAAAAAUAUGCAGUGUUUACGGACUGACGGAGUGGUUGCAAAAUUUAAUACUAGAAAAGGAAGUAAAAAACACCCAUGUAGAUAUUCACAAACCUUACUUCCAUAGGACAGAAAUUUUCCUGCUAAAUUUAUGCCUUAAAUAUCAUAUUGUUGAUCCGGAUAAGUAUGCAACAAAAAUGUUCCUAACUCUUGUUUAUCAUUUAGGAUAUCUUGCGCCACUUAAGGCUAAUUUACAGACAUUCAAAAUACCUAAUGAAGCACUACGAAGAGAAUUGAAGAACUACAUACCUGAUCGGCCCAUCGAUCCAUUGGCUGAUAUUUGAGGUUUGGAAAACUGGAGGGAAUUGAAGAACUACAUACCUGAUCGGCCCAUCGGUCCAUAUUGGCUGAUAUUUGAGGUUUGGAAACCUGGAGGGAAUUGAAGAACAACAUACCUGAUCGGCCCAUCAAUCCAUUGGCUGAUAUUUGAGGUUUGGAAACCUGGAGGGAAUUGAAGAACUACAUACCUGAUCGGCCCAUCAAUCCAUUGGCUGAUAUUUGAGGUUUGGAAACCUGAAGGGAAUUGAAGAACUACAUACCUGAUCGGCCCAUCAAUCCAUUGGCUGAUAUUUGAGGUUUGGAAACCUGGAGGGAAUUGAAGAACUACAUACCUGAUCGGCCCAUCAAUCCAUUGGCUGAUAUUUGAGGUUUGGAAACCUGGAGGGAAUUGAAGAACUAC